GGACGCCGUCGCCCUCCAGACCUCGCGCGAGGGCGGCGAUGGGCAAUAGAGAGAGAAGAGCUUCGUUUAAUUAAUAAGUUGUAAUUAAAUAUUUCUAUUUCCUCUUCAGUUUCCAAACACACACACACAUACGCACCUACACCUCUCUUCGGGAUAUUCUGUGUGAAGGGCAAGACACCGCUCGACAUUUCCUCCACCCCCCACUUGAACAAUAACUACCGCGACCAAGUCCUCUCCUCCAUUGUAACAACCCUCCCCCUCGAAUAGAAAAAUCAAGCGAGACGAUCCCAAAAUCCUCUCCUAGGAUGGCGACCAACGGCACGGCCAAGACCCCCAUCCGCGUGGUCGUCGGCAGCGACAACGCCGGCCACGCCUACAAGACUGCGCUCAAGGAGGUGCUCAAGAAACACGCGGGCGUGACGCACGUGCUGGACGUCGGCGUCGUCGACGCGGACGACGCCACGGCGUACCCGCACCUGGCGGUGGAUGCGUGCAAGAAGAUCAAGUCGGGAGAGGCCGACCGCGCGCUCCUGAUCUGCGGCACGGGCCUCGGGGUGGCCAUCUCGGCCAACAAGGUCGAGGGCAUCCGGGCCGUGACGGCGCACGACCCGUACAGCGUCGAGCGCAGCGUGCUCUCCAACAACGCGCAGGUGCUCUGCUUCGGUCAGCGCGUCAUCGGCCUCGAGCUGGCCAAGAAGCUGGUCGACGAGUGGGUCGAGCUGCGCUUCGACGAGACCAGCGCCAGCGCCGAGAAGGUCGCCCACAUCACAAAGUACGAGGAGCAGUUUGGCGAGUUGUGAACGCCGAGCAUGCGAGCGUGCGGACGGGGCGGCGGGCCAAAAAAAAGGGGGGCAGGGAAGAUCAUUUCAAAAGAAGAGGCGAGGGGGUGGUGGUGGGUGAGGAAGAAGGAGAAGAAAAGAGGCCUGAAUAUAUAUCCGCCACUGAUCCUUUGCGUUUUGGGGAGCAUUUGCUGGGUGUUCCCUUUUUGUUGGAUUCUUGGAUUGAGGGGCGGAAAUUAAAAAAAAAAAAAGGUCUGCUGCCAUGCGCAUAUAGAAGAGCAUGUAUCUGACAUCUUUGUCGUCCAACACAAAUUCCCAAUGUCCACGAUGCCAUGAUGGCCGCAGCCUCGAAUCCGGCACCCAUGAACGGGGGCCUCGCAUCUCACAACGUCUUCCCUUUCUCCGAGCCGACACCGUGCAGGAUCUGUCUCUUGACUCUGACAAACGCGUCGACGCCCAUCAGGCACGCUAAACUCCCAGAGAUCCCAACAGACCGUUAGCCAAGCUGUGUUUCCAAACCGACAACCAAGGUUCCUGCAUUCACUCAUGCCGAACCUAUAUCUCGGAGACAGAAACGAAGGGAAAAGGAACGUACCGAGAACCAAGUAAGGCACGUAGAGCCCGUACAGGUCCGACUUCUGCGCAGCCGUGUAGCCCUCCCAGGCGGAAAUGUCGACGACGCAGGUGAGCGUGG